AUCACACAUGGAUGGGCAACUUUUAUUCCUUGUUCUCUUAGGAAUUAUUUCCUCCAGUCAUCAGUGGAUCUCUGGAUCAGUGUUGGAGGUGACGGUCCGACGAGGUGACAACAUCACUCUCUACUGUGACUGCAAAUAUUCAGCAGGAGUGUACAUAGUGUGGUUCAGGAACUGUUCUCAUGAAAAUCAGCCGACACUGGAUUUAAGAUACUACAAAAAAGAGCAAAAAGUCGAAGGAAAUUAUUCACUGAAUCCUUUGCCUCGUUUUCAUUUAUUGAUGAACCAAUCCUCUAGUUCCUAUGAUCUGCUCAUCCUGAACAUCACUGAUUCUGAUGAAGCCCUCUACUACUGUGGAACUGAAUAUAUGAAUGUUGAGUAUGAUGGAAAAAGCAUUGUUUCACAAUAUGUUCAUUCUCAUGGAAAAAUCACAAAGAUACUACUCGGUAAUAAAAACACUGCUGAUGUUUCAUCUUGGAUGACGAUAGUAGCGUCAGCUGUUACUGCUGUUCUUAUUAACAUGUCCUUCAUUGUGGUUUAUCAUCUCUUUCAAAAAACAAAUGUACCCAAAUGUCACCAGAAAAGAUGUGAAACCAGAAGUCAAACAGGAGUGAAACAGGAAGAAGAUCUGUGUUUAACACAAGUCGUCUUUUGGCAUCAGGACCGAAAACCACAGCAGGCAAACCUGUCUCACUGAAAUUACACCGCAGCAGAGCACUGAAAGGAAGGAAAGGGUUUUUUUCUUUACAGAGGCAAGUUUUCUCUGUAAUAAUUAUAGACAUUCACUAGGUAUUUAUAUUGAUUUACAGAAGGCAUUUGAUACUAUAGAUCAUAGCAUAUUAAUGAGAAAACUGGGGAAGUAUGGGAUAAGAGGUGUGGCUUAUUCUUGGCUGAAAAGUUACUUAGAAAAUAGACAGCAAUGUGUACAAAUUAACAAUACUAUGUCACAAUUCAGGAAGGUCACCUGUGUGGCAUACCCCAAGGACCUGUGAUUGAUCCAAAACUUUCUCUGCUCUAUAUUUAUGAUAUUUGUAAUGUUACUGAAUUAUUAAAAUUUGUUAUUUUCACAGACGAUAUAAAUAUGUACAAUUCUGGGAAAAAUUUAAAGAAACUUUUGUCCUCAGUUGAAAGGGAUUUAGAAAUUCUUAAAACUUGGUUUGAUGUCAAUAGAUUGUCACUUAACAUUAAAAAAAACAAAAUUUAUGGUUUUUAGAAAUUGAAAAGAAAUUGAUGGGGGUGUUACAUUAAAAAUAUGUGAUGCUGAAACUGAAAGAGUGUUUGAUAUAAAAUUUGUAAGGGUUGUUAUUGAUCAUAAAUUAACAUGGAAACAACAUAUUAGAUAUAUAAAAGGAAAGAUCGCAAAGUCAGUGGCAAUCUUGUAUAAGUCCAGAAAUACUCAGCCAUAAGGCACUGCAUAUAAUUUCCUGUUCACUUCUACUUCCUUGUAUGUUUGUGUUGGAGUGUGGGGCUCAACUUAUAAAACAACAGUAAAUAGUAUAGUCCUCCUACAAAAACGAGCUAUACAUAUUAUUAAUAAGGCCAGUUACUAUGAACAUACUAAUCAAAUGUUUAUGAAAUCCCAUAUUAUGAAAUUUAAUGAUUUGGUUUACUGUAAAAUAAGGCAAAUAAUUUAUAAAGCAAAAACAAAGUUACUCCCUGUUUGUGUACAAAGGUUCUUCUCAACACGUGAGUCUGAAUAUGAUUUUUGGGAUGUUUGCAAAUUUGUUGUACAAAAAGCUAGAAAAGAGACUAAAAGAAGAUGCCUAUGUGUUGUUGGAGUUAAACUAUGGAAUGAGGCCAGCAUGGAU